GGCGCAGGCAGACCGUGCGCUCGCAGUCUAGAGUGACUCGCUCGCGCGAGCCGCCACUAUUUUCCUGGAUUCCGUGGAGUACGCGUCGUUUGCGCCGAAUACGCUGUCGAAGGCGGUGAUCGAUUCCUCCCGACGGAGACGCGGGAUCUCUCACGGCGCUCCUGCCGGUCGGGCCUUGACGCGCGCGAGCCACGGUUCUGUGUGUAAAUAUUACCUGUUGGUUUAAGUGCAAGUGAGAUUUACUAGUGGGUAACCAAAUGGUUGUGCUCGAGGAAGGCGGUAUGCUGACUACUGGACACAAUCAAUAUUUACCACCGGAUUAUCUUUCUCCGCUUCCAACCACGUUGGACGCGAAGAAGAGUCCGCUGGCGUUACUGGCGCAGACAUGCAGUCAAAUCGGGGCGGAUUCGCCCGCGAAGCCGCUGAUAUCGCCCCUGGAGAAGAGCUCGAAGGGGAUAAGUAUCGCGACGAACGCCAAGUCGCCGCCGGCCGCGAAGCUCGAGCGCAACAGCCAGCGCGGUAGCCCGACGGACGGCAAGUCGCUGGCGUUCAAGCCGUACGAGGCCACGGUCGUGACGAAGAAGACCUCGGACGAGGGCAGACCCGCGUCCAAGGCCAGUGUGCACAGUGUCAGUGGUCAGGAUAGUAUCAGUGUGAGUGAUAACACGCCGGCCGACAAGAAAUCGUCCGGCAAUCGUACGCCGGUGGGUCGAAAGUCCGCGUCGCCGAGCGACCAGGCGACGGCGACGGCCACCAGCGGGACGCCGUCGGUCGACCACCGGAGGACCCCGGCCGAUCGCGAGAAGACCGACGGGUCCCCGCGGAGCAUCAACGGCACCAACGCUAGCAACAACAACAACAACGGCGCCAGCCCGAUCAUCAGAUCCGGAAUGGAGAUUCUUUCCGGCGCGCAUCCGAAGGACGCGAACCUGGCGGCGUACAAACCAGGACUUUCGGGAUACUCCAGCAAUCCGCUGUGCUGUCCGCCCGGCCUGGCCGAGAAUCCCGCCUUCAGGCCGCCCUUCGCGGGCGCGUCGCCCUUCUCGCAUCAUCACGCCGCCGCGGCAGCGCUGCUCGGCUACCCGUCGGCCAGUCCGACCGGCGGCAACCCGUACUUGACCUACGCCCGCGUCAAGACUCCGGCCGGCGGCGAGGCCCUGGUCCCGGUCUGCAAGGAUCCCUACUGCACCGGGUGCCAGUACAGCAUGCACAGCGCCCAGAUCAUGAUGGGCGCGGGCAGCUGUCCCAGCGGCUGCACCCAGUGCGACCAUCAGAAGUACGGCCUCGCCAUGGCGUUGUCGUCGUUGGGCCCGAUGCCGCCCCCGUCGUUGUCCUAUCCGUCCACGCUGGCCGGCGGCCGGCCCUACGUCUGCAACUGGAUCGCCGGGGAGUCCUACUGCGGCAAGCGAUUCGCCACGUCGGAGGAGCUGCUGCAGCAUCUGCGUAGUCACACGAGUCUGGCCGGCGGCGGCGAUCACGCGGCCUCGGCGGCCGCGCUUCUCGGCAGCCCGCACCCGCACCCGCUGCUCUCGCCGUCGACGACGCUCCACCGGGCCGGCGGCGGCACCUACCCCGCGCCGUCGCUGAGCCCCCUCGGCGCCAGAUACCAUCCGUACGGCAAGCCGCCGACGGGCCCGCUGCCGGCCUCGCUCGCCGCCUCGCCGUACAGCGCUUUCAACGCCUUGGGACCGUAUUACUCGCCGUACGCGGUUUACGGCCAACGAAUCGGCGCUGCCGUGCACCCCUAAGACGGCGGCGCGUCCCGAGGCGGGCCGCGAGGAUAGGAUUAUUAUUCGCGAAGGAACUGUUUCUUUUCUCUUCUUCUGUCACUCUCCUCCUCCCCCGCCUCCUCCUCCUCCUCUCUUUCUCUGUCUUUCUUUCUUUUUCUCAGUGUACAGUUGGAAAAUGUGCAAAGAUGGAAACGCGGAAGGACGAAAAUUGCCGUCUGAGAGAGACUGUUGUGUAAAUAGCCAAUGUGUACCAUACAAAUUUAUUUAAAAGAAUUCUAUAUAUGUAUAUAUACAUAUAAAUAUAUGUGUACAUUGAAGAUUAUAAUUAAAGUUUAUGAAACAACCUGGCAAAGUGUAACGUUGCAUCGCGACACCACUCUCUUGCGGGAGUCUCAUGACGCGCGAGUAAUACGCAUCUUUAUUCAAAUCCGGUUACCAGGUUGGGAAGAGGCCUGUGCCAGCUGUGUAAGUUGAUAUUGUCAUAAUCGCUGGACGAGCAGGGCCUCCCUCGCUUCUCCCCCGCGGGAUACGCGAGGGAGAAUCUCCGAUCGCGCCUCCAGAUGCGCUUUUGACGUCGCGGGUCGAUCUUUCGGCGCUUCUUUUAUAACGCGAAACGGCAGAUCCUCGCCUCUUUGCGAACGACAUUAAUCGGUUAUUCGGUGACGCGCGUCUGUCGGGGAUUGUAAAGUGCGUGUAUCACGAAUGUAUAUUUUCCGACGCGAGCAAACGCGAGCCUCUCAUCCCAACGCGUUCGAUAGCGCGAUUUCGCGCGUUUCCAUGUCCAUGAUAUAACUGUGAUAUUACGCUACUUUUUCGAGAAAAAAAAAAGAUAUCCUCGCGAGAAAGAAAUAUUAUUAAUGAAAAUAAUCGAGACAUCUCUCGCUGAAAUGCAUACAUUGUAAUUUAUUAUCGUCGUCGUUUGUCAAAAGAUGAAUACGAUUAUCGUUGCACGAAAAUAAAUUUUAUUCCAGAUUAUAUGUUUUCUCUUUCUUUUUCUUCUUCACGAAAUUCGAUAAUUGCACAAGAAAUAUUCGAUCAGUGAGCGUAUCGAAUCGCAUUGUCUCUCUAAUAUCACAUCGUCUUACAUAUUUGUCGAUUAGCAUGACCUGAUAAAGGAAGCACAUGGUGUACGAUACGCAUUAUUCGCAUUGUAAAUAUCUUUUGUAAAUAUCGUUGAGUUUCCAUACCGCUUUAAUAAAAACAAUGUUUGUAGAA